CCUCCAUCUCAGCCCUAGACCUCUCUGAAAGUCGUCACUCUUCAAACCCUAGCUCUCUCUUUCGCAGUCCUUGAGAGCAAUGGCGGCCGAGACCGAGACGUUCGCCUUCCAGGCCGAGAUCAACCAGUUGCUGAGUCUGAUCAUCAACACUUUCUACUCCAACAAGGAGAUCUUCCUUCGCGAACUCAUCAGCAACGCGUCCGAUGCACUGGACAAGAUUCGAUUUGAGAGCCUUACUGACAAGAGCAAGCUGGAUGCCCAGCCUGAGCUCUUCAUCCACAUUGUCCCCGAUAAGGCCACCAACACCCUCUCAAUCAUUGACAGUGGAAUUGGGAUGACCAAAUCUGAUUUGGUCAACAAUCUCGGUACCAUUGCAAGGUCUGGAACCAAAGAGUUUAUGGAGGCAUUGGCUGCUGGUGCUGAUGUUAGCAUGAUUGGUCAGUUUGGUGUGGGGUUUUACUCCGCAUAUCUUGUGGCUGAGAGAGUGGUUGUGACCACUAAGCACAAUGAUGAUGAGCAGUAUAUUUGGGAAUCUCAAGCUGGAGGGUCUUUCACAGUUACCAGAGACUCUGGAGAGAGCCUUGGAAGGGGAACCAAGAUCACUCUUUUCCUGAAGGAGGAUCAGUUGGAAUACCUUGAGGAGCGCCGUCUCAAGGAUCUGAUCAAGAAGCACUCUGAGUUCAUCAGUUACCCAAUUUCUCUCUGGACAGAGAAGACCACUGAGAAAGAAAUCUCUGACGAUGAAGAUGAGGAGGAAGAGAAGAAAGAGGAGGAAGGCAAGGUAGAAGAUGUUGAUGAGGAGAAGGAAGAGAAAGAGAAGAAAAAGAAGAAGAUCAAGGAGGUUUCCCAUGAAUGGGCUCUGGUCAACAAGCAAAAGCCAAUCUGGAUGAGGAAACCUGAGGAGAUCACGAAGGAAGAGUAUGCUGCCUUCUACAAGAGUCUCACCAAUGAUUGGGAGGAGCACCUCGCUGUGAAGCACUUCUCCGUGGAGGGUCAGCUUGAGUUCAAGGCCGUCCUCUUCGUCCCAAAGCGGGCUCCAUUUGACCUCUUUGACACAAAGAAGAAGCCUAACAACAUCAAGCUCUACGUGCGCCGUGUUUUCAUCAUGGACAACUGCGAGGAGCUAAUCCCUGAGUACUUGAGCUUCGUCAAGGGAAUUGUCGACUCUGAGGAUCUUCCACUCAACAUCUCCAGGGAGAUGUUGCAGCAGAACAAGAUUUUGAAGGUUAUCCGCAAGAACCUUGUCAAGAAGUGCAUCGAGCUCUUCUUUGAGAUUGCUGAGAACAAGGAAGACUACAACAAGUUCUAUGAGGCAUUCUCCAAGAACCUCAAGCUUGGAAUCCACGAAGAUUCUCAGAACAAGUCCAAGUUAGCUGAGCUCCUGAGGUACCACUCUACCAAGAGUGGCGAUGAGCUCACUAGCCUGAAGGACUACGUGACAAGGAUGAAGGAGGGGCAGAAUGAUAUCUACUAUAUCACCGGGGAGAGCAAGAAGGCCGUUGAGAACUCCCCGUUCCUUGAGAAGCUGAAGAAGAAGGGCUACGAGGUUCUGUAUAUGGUUGAUGCUAUUGAUGAGUAUGCUGUGGGUCAGCUGAAGGAAUUUGAGGGGAAGAAGCUGGUGUCUGCGACCAAGGAGGGAUUGAAGCUGGAUGAGAGCGAGGAUGAGAAGAAAAAGAAGGAAGAGCUCAAGGAGAAGUUCGAGGGGCUCUGCAAGGUCAUCAAGGAGGUGCUCGGUGACAAGGUGGAGAAGGUCGUGGUCUCUGACCGUGUGGUCGACUCCCCCUGCUGCUUAGUCACUGGAGAGUACGGCUGGACUGCCAACAUGGAGAGAAUCAUGAAGGCUCAGGCGUUGAGGGACUCGAGCAUGGCUGGUUACAUGUCGAGCAAGAAGACCAUGGAGAUCAACCCGGAGAACGCCAUCAUGGAGGAGCUGAGGAAGAGAGCAGAGGCCGACAAGAAUGACAAGUCGGUGAAGGAUCUCGUGCUGCUGCUGUUUGAGACUGCGCUCUUGACCUCUGGUUUCAGCCUCGACGACCCUAACACCUUCGGCAACAGGAUCCACAGGAUGCUCAAGCUGGGGUUGAGCAUUGACGAGGAUGAGACUGCUGCUGAUGCCGAUACUGACAUGCCUCCCCUCGAGGACGCGAUGAGGCUGCUGCUGAUGCCGAUACUGACAUGCCUCCCCUCGAGGACGCUGAUGCCGAGGGCAGCAAGAUGGAAGAAGUUGACUAAGCACCGCCCCUCAAAAACUCUCUAGCCAGUUCGCAGUCUAAUUUCGCGCAAGUUUCCGAUGCUUGUUCCGGAAACCUUAUUUUUACCCCCAUUUGUUUUUCUUUAUCCUGUUCUGUGGUGUCUGUCUAGCUGUCUUCGUUAUUAACUACAGUUAUGCUUUUAGAUGAAAGUUAGUUGGGAGUUCAUGCGUGUGCUUAUUUGCA